CUACUAACUGCGUCACAUUCUUUAUCGAUAGUAAAUUUUAUUUUUGUGUAGACUGUUCGAUUGGAUUUCAAAAUUCAAUUCUGGUAAUGUGCGUUAACCUAAAUUUUGAAUCGGAUUUACUCGAGCUGGGUGUCGGCAUUGGGCGGGGACACGAGCUCCAGCCUUUGUUCUUUAGCCGCAUCGCGCGACGGUGGGAGGGGGCGUUGGGAAGAGGGAGUGGCCUCAUAUAAAAGACUCCGCGCGCUCCCAUUUCGGCCAUUCUGGGGUCUGUGUAAAGGUUUGCUUUGGCUUGAGACACCGUCGAACUUGCUCCGCGAAACAAAGAAAAAUCCCCCCACAAUUGAGCCUCUGAGACGACACAAAAAAAGCCAGCUACAUUUCUGAUCGUCUGUAUUGGGAAGCUGUUAAAAUUCUUUGUGACCUGAAGGAGACCAACUACCACUAAAAACAUAAAAAACAAAAUUAAUAUUUAGCAACAACUUUCCCUGAUCUUUUUUAUUAAGCAACUUUUUGUUACUUAUUGACCAUCCAAAAAGUUGCUAUUUUUAAAAAAAUGAAAACCAAAUAUAUUUUUUUCUUUAAAAACACAGCUUAAUCCAAAAAAGCUAAACCUUGAGGCGCUGUCGACGAGAAAAUUAAUUGGAUACAUUUCCUGCAAUGGGCUCCAGACCGAUAGACCCAAAGGAACUCCUAAAAGGACUGGAUUGUUUUCUUGGCAAAGAUGGAGAAGUCAAAACUCAUGAAGGCAUCACUAAAAUUUUCAACUUAAUGAAAGAUGCACAGAAGAUGGUCAGUCGCUGCAUCUACCUGAACAUCUUGUUGCAAACCAGAGCACAAGACAUACUCUCUAAAUUCAUCGAGGUUGGGGGCUACAAGCUCCUCAACACAUGGCUGACUAGUUCGAAAGCAUCCAGUAAUGUGCCCCUGCUUCAGCAGAUUCUACUCACGCUGCAGCACUUGCCCCUUACAGUGGAUCAUCUGAAACAAAACAAUACUGCCAAACUGGUAAAGCAGCUCAGCAAGUCAAGUGAGGAUGAAGAGGUUCGUAGACUGGCUUCCAUACUGGUCAGUGACUGGAUGGGUGUCAUCCGCUCCCAGAGUAGCUCCCAGCCUGCAGAGCGAGACAAGAAAAAGCGGAAGGAGGAGAAUAAAAGCAAAACUCCUGUACAGGAGAAGCCUCAGGAGGCCAAAUCAGAAAUGAAGCCUGAAGAGAUUCCUGAGAAGAAGAAAGAAAAGCCAAAAUCUCUUCGCACCACAGCACCCAGCCAUGCCAAGUUCCGUUCCACUGGUUUGGAAAUGGAGACUCCAUCGCUCAUUCCUGUAAAGAAAAACGUUAGUGCUGCAGUAACCUCAGAUAAAUACAACCUGAAGCCAAUACCACUGAAGAGACAGAACACAUGUGUUCCAGUUGCAGAAAACCCACCAGCUGAGAAGAAAUACAAGCCCCUCAACACCACACCUAAUACUACCAAAGAGAUUAAAGUGAAAAUUAUCCCCCCACAACCUAUGGAAGGCUUGGGCUUCUUGGAUGCCCUAAAUUCUGCCCCUGUCCCAGGAAUCAAGAUAAAGAAGAAAAAGAAAGUUCUGUCUCCAACUGCAGCGAAGCCAAGUCCUUUUGAAGGGAAGCCAGCUCAAGAAACCAGUGCUACCAAGCCAUCUUCACCAGAGCUUACCCCAGCUUCAGAACCAAUGGAUGUGGACAGACCUGGCACCCCUGUACCAGCCGUGGAGGUUCCUGAGCCUAUGGAGACAAACUCCUCUGAGCAGGGUGGGUUGCUAGAUUCCAAGCCAGCUGAGAGCCCAGUUGACUCAACACAGCUGACAAAGAAGGGCAAGAAGAAGAAGACCGUGAGCUGGCCAGAGGAAAGCAAACUGCGGGAGUAUUUCUACUUUGAAUUGGAUGAGACAGAGCGAGUCAAUGUAAACAAAAUCAAGGACUUUGGUGAGGCUGCCAAGCGAGAGAUGCUGAAGGACCGCGAGGCCUUUGAGACAGCCCGCCGGCUCAGUCAUGAUGCCAUGGAGGAGAAGAUCCCCUGGGUCUACCCAAAGCCCAUUGACUUGCCUGUUCCACUGGUUCAGCCAGGAAGUGGAAGCCAGGAGAAAUUCACACAAGCUGAGCGCGAGAAGGGCAUUUUACAGGAACUCUUUCUGUCCAAAGAGAGUGUUCCUGACAGUCCUCAUGAACCUGACCCAGAGUCUUAUGAGCCAGUGCCACCCAAGCUCAUUCCUCUGGAUGAGGAAUGCUCCAUGGAUGAGGCCACCUACGAGGAAAGACUCGACCCAGCCACCGCCUCGCAGUCUCCGGAUGGAGCUGGGGGCUCCAAGCUGCCCCCGGUCCUGGCCAACCUCAUGGGCAGCAUGGGGGCAGGCAAGAACCCGCAGGGCCCCAACCCCAACUCCUCCAUCAACGUGCAAGAGAUCCUCACCUCCAUCAUGGGUGGCUCAAACAAUCAUAAAACGGAAGAGCUGAUGAAGCAGCCAGAUUACUCACUCAAGCACCUGCUGGGCAACUUGCAGGGUCAGCCUGGACCAGGUCCUUCAGGAGUUCCCCAUGGACUGCUUGGACCAGGACCUGGUCCAGUCCCCAAUGGAUUUCCACCUGGGCCCAAAAAUAUGCAACACUUCCCUCCUGGAGGGCCAGGACCCAUGCCUGGACCACAUGGAGGCCCAGGCGGUCCUAACAUGCCCCCAGGUCCUGGUGUGCCCGGUGGACCUCGAAUGAUGGGCGCACCUCCGCCACAGUGUAAUGAUGGAUACUGGGACCCUCCUGAUGGUGGCAUGCGUGGUGGGCCCCACGGAGGCAUCAGGGGUGGCAGUCCUGGCCCAGGACCUGGCCCCGGCCCUUUCCACCGUGGGCGUGGUGGCAGGGGUGGAGAGCCCCCUUUCCGUGGACGAGGAGGCGGACGGAGUGGCGGCCCCCCUAAUGGUAGGGGUGGCCCUCCCAACAACAAUAAGGGCGGUGGCCAUGGAGGGGGACACGGCGGUGGUGGCCAUGGAGGGGGACACGGCGGUGGUGGCCAUGGAGGUCACGGAGGAGGGGGCCACCCAGGGGACCACAGCAGGGGACAUCCAGGUGGUCAUCCUGGGGACCACAGCAGGGGACAUCCAGGUGGUCAUCCUGGGGACCACAGCAGGGGACAUCCAGGCGGUCAUCCUGGGGACCACAGCAGGGGACAUCCAGGCGGUCAUCCCGGGGACCACGGCAGGGGAUAUCCUGGGGACCACGGCAGAGGUCACCCAGGGGACCACGGCUGGGGGCACGGAGGCGGCCAUGGCGGAGACAGGUCAAUGCGUCCUGUAUGUCGUCACUUCACGAUGAAAGGCAGCUGCAGGUACGAGAACAAGUGUGCCUUCUACCACCCCGGAGUGAAUGGGCCGCCUUUACCCUAGUCCUAGGGACUUGGGGCCCUCUCCUCAUCUCUUCUAACUCUUAACUGUGGUAUCAGCAUAUAUCCCCAUGUCAUGGACUCUGGGACUUGAACCCCACCUUCAGACUCAUGCUGCAUCCACCUUUUUAUGGCUUCUGUGAGGCCCAUUAAAUGCUUGGGGCAAGGGGAGGCAACUGCUCCCCCCUGCUGCAUCUGCUGCUACUGAUGAACUGCCACGUCCCCAAAGAGGAACCACUGGGAAUCGCCUCCUCCCUCCUUGCCUGUGGGGCAACAAGGCCAUCAAUGACUUUGAAAGCACAACAGACAUGGAUGGUUUUUAAAAACCAACUGAUUUGUGUAAAUAUCCCUGUGAAAACCAGCAAAGAGGAGACGCUCCAAAUCAAAGGCCUGCCUAGGCUCUGCUGCAUUCUGCCAUGUGUUCCAGGAGCCAGACCCGCACUGAGGACUUUCUGCUUUUGGUCUGGCAGAACAGCUGGCAUCAGCAGGAAAGCUUUUUAGGAACAUGCAUGUGAUGCAAGGGUGGGGGUGAAGCAACUGAUUGUGGAUCGUUCUUUGGGAUCGGAGGUUGGGAGAAGGGGGGGAGGUCCAGCAGCUGCCACUUGCACAGUACCCUACUGACUCCUGAGUGCCCCACCCUCCCCUUUGUAAAAUACCCCCACUGACUGCAGAGAUGCAGUUUCCCUUGGUGCUAUGCCUGUCAUUAGGGGAAACCUACAAACUGUUUUCUGUGAAAACUCAAACUUGACUCUAAUGAUUUAGGGGGUAAUUUUUUGUUUUCCUGAUUUAUGUCGUCAGUUGUGGAUUUUUUUUUAACUGUCUCACAAGAUGUGGACUUGUCACUACAUCUUUUGUCUCCCCCUCUCCUUGAAGUGGGUGCAGCAACUCCUCUCCUGAGGGGAAGAAAAUGUCUCUAAGUUUUGUAUAUUUUGUACAUUAGUAAUAAACAUGGUGGAAAAACAAAUUAUCUAAUUUAA